CGAACUGUUUGGCAUCAGUGACUUUCUCGCCAAUUGCGGCGGCGUUUUGGGACUGUUUAUGGGCGUCAGCAUACUGAGCAUCGUCGAGCUCGUCUACUACUGCACACUGAAACCGCUGAUUGCACGCACCAGAUCCGGCAUCGAUCGGGCCGAAACGGCCAGGGUGGUCAAAUCGACGCUCAUUCUUCCACCGCCCGAGUACGGGCUGGCGGGCGACAUUCGUAUUCGCAAAGCCUCCACCAACAAGUGGUAAAACUAAAGCAUUCCACUCAGUUCCUGCAGUUCCGUGCUGUGUCACCGCCUGUUCGCGCUAACUGGACCGGUGUCGUCCGGCAAAAGGCUCGAAAGAUUUAUGGCGAUGAGCUAAGAUGAAUGGCACGUUGCUUUAUCAUCUCGCUUGGCUCUCCCCCUUUUGCGAUCGCGGUCUAGGAAGUGAUCUUCAUUCCAGCCCGAAAUGAGUCCGGGGCCGAUUUAUCGAAACUUGUCGCCAUAAAUCAACCUAUUGGUUGAAUAAAUUAUAAACACCAAAAUUCACUCCUGCACCACGGCGGCUUUGUGUGCUUUUUUUCGGGCAAACGGAUCGCUCUUCUAAUGGACGGUGAUGGAGCCCGAUAAGUCGUCGGCGCGUUUCUGUUCGGCGGGAGAAGUUUUAAAAUUUCUCCCUCUACUGGAACGUGUGUCAAACACAUUCUUUUAGGAAAUUUUGCACCUCAGAAAAAAGAACAAGUACAGCGAGACACACACACUUCAUCUUAUCUAAUCAACGCGGCGGCGCUGGCAGCGGUAGAUGAUAAAUUCGUUACCAGAACAACCCUCGUGAGCCUCUGG